AGUGAAACAGAGAGAGAAUAAAUCAGGAGGCAAAUGGGUUGGUUAAUAAGAGAAAGAAGAGGGCCAGCAUGGAAACAAGGAUGGGCAGAACAAGCUUUAUCCUCUAUAACUCCACCACCAAGGCCUCUCCUUGCAAUACUUGGAAUAUUGGUCAUUCUUCUAUCUGUUUCAUCAUAUUCAAGCUACAGGUCUCAGGUGAAGAAAACAAGGAUCAACUUUAAGCUGUUUUUCUUGCUUUUACCUCUAGUAUUUGUCUUUGUUGGCAACUCCAUUGUUAGAUAUGGUCGUCUUGUAAUUAUCACUCCCAGAACAAAGCUCGAACCGGUUUACGUCACGGAAGGUGCUGCUUCAGCUUCGCCUUGGGGUGCGGCGGUUUUGCUGGUGGUGUUGUUGGUCUUGUUAUCUUAUCAGCCUUACUUCCACUCUAAGUGGUUUCCAGCGAUAUGGAGACCAUAUUAUUAUUAAGUCGUGAUGAAGCUUUGGUUUAUAUCGAUCAUGUAAGGUGCUAUAGUAUGUUUUUCCUCCACACAAAAAAGAGAGAAAAUGAUGUAAUUUCAGAGAAGAAAUGACAGAUCCAUUACAAAAAAA